AUGGUCUUGAUUAAAACUGUAUUAAAAAGUAAUUUUAAUGGUCUUGUUGCCGCUGCAAUUGAUGCAAGCCGUUCCACAUUCCAAUUGUACACUUCUGGUAUUUACUACGACCAGCACUGCUCCACAAUCUUAGACCACGCAAUCGGUGUUGUUGGAUACGGAAGUGAAGGAGGCAACAACUACUGGAUUGUCCGUAACUCAUGGGGUUCAUCAUGGGGAGAACAAGGAUACAUCCGCAUGGCAAAGGAUAAGAACAACAUGUGCGGAAUUUCAAAUGAUGUCAACGUUCCUUACAUCAAAUGA